AUGAACAACCUCUGGACUGAACCUGCCUUCAUCUGCGCACUCUACCUUGCCGCCACUCAGCCAGUGCGGAAGAGAUGCCUUCCUGGCAAUCGUCGGAGCCUCCGGAUCAGCCUCUGGGAGCGGGAGAAGCUCCAUCAACCUCCCAACGCCGGAGAUGGGGACCCGUUUAUCAAGCACUUCCGUGUGGCUUGCGGCCUUUUCGAGUGGAUUGCUGCACAGCUUUCCCGUGUCUUGUAUAAAGAUCUGGCUCGGGGAGGUCUCCCUGUGCCCAAGCGCCUCGCAAUAGCUCUAUAUCGGUGGGCUCAUGGGACUUCCGAGCCAGUCGUAUCCCAUGUCUUUCAGGUCUCCCGCACUGCCGUGCGUGUCACAUGCAAGGAUGUGGCAGUUGCAAUCAAGGAUGUUAUUAGGAUGCCUCCCCCGUCAGAUCUGGCUGCAUGGGGUCAUAUUGCCUCUGGUUUUGCGUCUCGCCGUGGCAUAUACCCUUGUGGAGGAGCGAUAGACGGCACCCACUUCAGACUGCAAAAACCUCCCGGGGAUGAGAUUCAUAAUGCGUACACCAACCGUAAGGGCACACAGUAG